AACACGAUCCGCGGUUGUUACGCACACUGCACAAUGGCUUCGAAAGCGCAUGUUGUAGUGAUUGGAGCUGGAGUGAUCGGUCUGACGAACGCCGUGUUCCUCGCCGAGGCAGGCUACAUCGUGACCAUCAUCGCAGCACACGUCCCCGGAGACGAAAGCAUAGAAUACACCUCCCCCUUCGCCGGCGCCCACUUCAGAACCCACGCCCCAGCCUCCCAACCCGAACUCUGCGACUGGGACAUCCAAACUUUCAAAUUCUGGGAAACCCUCCUCCUCCAAGAACCCCCAGAGACAUGCGGGAUCAAAAUGCAAAUUUCAAAUCACUUCUGGGAUACCACCGCGAUCCACGAAUCCCUCUGGUGGGCUCCGCACGUCCAAGAUUUCGCCCAAAUCCUUGAAUUCCAGGAUCCCGUUCGGAGCAUUAAUCUUUCUUCUCCGGCGCAUAUGCAGGUGAAGUGGGCUGCGACUUCUCGGGCGCCUUCUCUCGAUCCGAAUCGUUACCUCGUCUACCUCCACGAACGAGCGCGACGAUCCGGGGCCAUUUUCUUCCAAUCGCGGCUUCCGAUGGAUGGAGGGUUUGCGAAGGCUUUGGAGGCUGCGGGAGGGAUUGCGAGAGUGGUGAGACCUCAGACGUCAGGGCCUGAGGUUUUUGUGAAUUGUACGGGACUCGGGGCGGGGAGGAUUUGUGGUGAUGAUGGUAUGUUUCCGAUUCGAGGACAGACGGUACUGGUCAAGGGUGAGGCGCAGGCUACGAGGACGAGGUAUCAUGGUGGGGCUAUUGGAGAGGGGGAGACGAGUUAUUGUAUUCCUAGACCGGGAUCGGGGACGACGAUUCUUGGGGGGACGAAGGAGAAAGGGGAGUGGAGUGAGGUGCCGAGUGAGGAGACUAAAAAGACGAUACUGGAGAGAUGUAGUUGGAUGGUUCCUGAGCUUCUCACGGCGGAGGAUGGCGGCUUUGAGGUUAUCAGUACCCAGUGUGGUCUGAGACCUGGAAGGGAAGGUGGACCUAGAGUGGAAAGUGAGGUUAUUGGGUCAAGAAAGGUUGUGCAUGCUUAUGGGCAUGCUGGUGGUGGAUAUCAGUCGUCAAUUGGAAGUACGAGGAAGGUCAUGAAGUUGGUGGAGGAGAUCUUGAGCAACGAUGCUGCUGCAAGGCCAAGGCUAUGAAAGUUAUGAUUGACCUCCUCG